GACCGCGUAUAGGGGCAUAGUAGGGCUCAGAAAGUAAUUGUUUUGUUUUUAGCUGACCGCAAAGUUUAGCGUUAAUUUAAGCCAAACAAUGGCAGACAAGAUGGAUAUGUCUUUGGACGACAUCAUCAAACAAAAUAGGCAGCAGCGAGGCGGCGGAGGUGGCCGUGGGGGCAGAGGAGGCCGCGGUCGGGUAGGCACAGGCGGUGGCCGCGGCGGUGGAAUCGGGCGACUUGGAGGCACAGGCGGCGGAUUUGGAGGCCGUGGCGGAGGAUCCGGCCCAAUGAGGAAUCGUCAGAACCUGGCCCGUGGUAGAAGCAGACCUACGCCGUACAGCAGGCCCAAGCAGCUCCCAGACAAGUGGCAGCACGACUUGUUCGACAAUGGCUUCAGUGCCAAUGCUGGUGGUGGCGGAGCAGGAGUUGAAACUGGUGGAAAGCUUCUCGUGUCCAAUCUCGACUUUGGUGUGUCAGAUGCUGACAUCCAGGAGCUCUUUGCUGAGUUUGGCACACUGAAGAAGGCAGCUGUUCAUUACGAUCGUUCAGGCCGAAGCCUUGGGACGGCAGAUGUCCACUUUGAGAGAAAAGCAGAUGCACUUAAAGCGAUGAAGCAGUACAAUGGCGUUCCCCUUGAUGGUCGUCCUAUGAAUAUUCAGCUUGUCACGUCACAGAUUGAGGCACAAAGGCGGCCUCCCAUGCAAGGGCUCAACCGAGGAGGUGGUGGGGGCAUGAACAGGAACAGAGCAGGCGGUUUCGGAGGCGGUGUACAGAGAGGCCGUGGAGGCCGCACCGGAGGAACCAGAGGCCGCGGCCGAGGAGGAAGAAGCAAUAACAAACAGCAGCUGUCUGCAGAAGAGCUGGAUGCCCAGCUAGAUGCCUACAAUGCCAGGAUGGAUACCAGCUAAGUGCCCAAAGUCAUCAGUGCUGCAUUCCUCUCCCUUCUGACACAGGAGGAUCGUUGUCAUUGUUACAGCUUUGAACAUGCCAGACGUUUUACACUUAACUGUCUUCAGAUGUGAUUUAAAUUUGUGUACCGAUCUUUUUCUCCUUUUAAAUGCUCCAGUGUUUUUUGUUUUUGUUUUUUUUACCUGUUUGUUUUUUGGUUAAUUUUUGAAAACACAGGUUUGACUGUAGGAUUUUAGGGGGGUGGGCAUGCCCUGUUUUGUCCCCUUUGUAGAUCAUUGUAAUAAAACCUGCAGUAUCUAGUAACCAUAUCAUGCCUCUGCCUCCUUUUGUAAACAAGCUUUUUAGACAGUAUUUUUAAUGUAAAUGUUUGGGUUAGAGUUGGAGAAUCAUGGAGGUAUUCAAAACACGCUUUUUGUAAAUAUGAAAUGUGACUGGUUUGAGUAUGUGAACUGAAUUAAAUGUCUCCUCCCCAGAAA